AUGUACAGCGGCCUGUUAGGGGUUACGUUCCAUCUCGGUUUCGCCCGCGUUGUCUUCCUGGAGCGCUUCAUGUAUCAGCUCAUCGGAAUGGUCUGCCUCAUCAUUGCUGGCCUCGCCUAUCUUUACGCCUCUGCCGGUCUUCCUGUUGUCGACAUCUUGACCCGACUCUCCAUCGUCGCCGGCAGCUUCAACGCAGGACUCUUUUCCAGCAUGACCAUCUAUAGGCUAUUCUUUCAUCCGCUGAACCGGUUUCCUGGGCCCCUAGACCUCAAGAUUUCGCGUAUCUUCUCCUCGUUGAGAGCAGCAAAGAAGCUCCGAUACCAUAGGGAUGUUGAUGAGAUGCAUGAGAAGUAUGGGGACUUCGUACGAUCAGGCCCACGAGAGCUUAGUAUCCGUCGACGAUCGGCCGUUGCGACAAUUUAUGGACCAACUUCGAAGUGUUGGAAGUCAUCUUGGUACACCCAAGUGAGUACAGACUCUAAGAAAUCCUCCGUUCAUAUGGCGACGGACCCAGCGGACCAUAAGCGAAGGCGUAAGGCCUGGGACAUGGGGAUGGGAUUUAAAGCCUUGAAUAUGUACGAACCGCGAGUUAAGAACCUGGUUGAUCUUUUUGUCGCCCAGCUAUCUCAGCGUAAUGAUGGGAUAGACGUGCCCACUUGGACAAUGUACCUCUUCUUUGACGUCGCCGGCGAGGCCGGGUUCGGACAGAGCUUCGAGUGCGUCUCGCGCGGGAUAGAGCAUCCUGCUAUUCAGGCUCUUCACAGUCAUAUGAGCAUGCUGUCUAUACUGAGCCACGUACCCUGGUUGUUGAACUUGAUAGGGGCUAUCCCAAUUCUUGCGUCGGGAUAUAAAUCAUUCUUCGACUGGUGUAACUCACAACUGGACUCGAGCCAAAGCAAAUUCGAUCCCGAAAAGUCCCCCCAAGAUGUCGCUUCUUGGCUCUUGAGAGCCGUUGCCGCCAAAGACUCGUCCGCCUCGCCGAGUAGAGACUCACUUAUUCAGGAUUCCCGUGUCAUAAUCGUGGCGGGAAGCGAUACUAGCGCCAUGACACUGGCGGUGGUUCUGUAUUAUAUGGCCAAGUUCCCUUCCGUCUUCAAGAAGCUGCAGGCUCGGGUCGACGCCGCGGUGCCUACUCCAGAAGCCUGGACUUACGAGAAGGUAAAGUCGAUCAGCUAUAUUGACAAUAUUAUCGAAGAAAGCCUCCGGUUAAAGCCAGCCCUGCUCAUAGGCGGCACUCGGACGACGCCGCCUCAGGGCAUCCAAGUCGACGAGGAGCAUAUCCCUGGAAAUACGAACGUCUUCGUGCCGACGCAGAUCAUUCACACCGACCCGCGGUACUGGAAACAGGCGACGGAGUUCGUGCCCGAAAGAUUCGGAGAGCGGCGGGCCGAAAUGGGGACUAACGAGGCGCCCUACAUACCAUUUGGUCUAGGCCCUACCGCUUGCCCGGGGAAGAACUUGGCCAUGAUGGCCCUGCGCAUCGCCAUUUCCCGCAUCGCCCAGAGCUUCGACAUCUCGUUCGCCCCCGGCGAGACUGGCGAGGAGUUCGAUACUGAAGAACUGGAAAGCUUCAUCACGAAAUUGCCGCCGCUCAAACUUCGAUUUUUGCCCAGGGCAUGA